AUGCUUCGAUAUUUGCGUUCAGAUGCAACCCCCUUAUCUGCUGAAGAAUUUCAGGAUAUUAUUAAAGCUAAAAAUUCAAUGAAGCGAGCAUCAGAAGUUAUGGCUAAGAAAUAUAAAAUUUCAUCCCGGCGGGUAUAUCAAAUUUGGAGAGGAGUUCAUCCACAAAUAGAUCCUAAAGAUAUAACAUUAUAUCCACCAACAGAUCCACAGAUAAAUUUGCCAAUAAAUCCAACUAAAAAAAAUAUUAUUUCACCUACUGAAUCCUCUGAAGAUGUCUUGGAUUUGUUUAAGAAAAACAAUAGCGAUAUCGAAAAAAUUAGAGAAUCUGGUCAUGCUCUUAGGCUUUAG